AGCUGAACAUUCAGACCGGAUGUGAACCUUUAUUUUGAAGGGAUCAGCGACUGCUUUCAGGCAGCCUGGAGGAAGACGCAAGCCGACACGCAGCUGCACUGGAGCAAACUCUGUUGUCUCAGCCUCAUGCUUCGCCUUGGGGACUUCUGCUCCUCCUGUCCGCUUUCUAAACGGCUGUGACAGUAUUUAUUUCUUUAAUUUUUUUAGUGACAUGAAAAAAAGUGGGGAAGAAGAAAGAAACCGAGUCAUGGAUCUUUAUUGCUUGGAGUCGGAUAUAGUCGUGAAAGCCCAGCCUGACCCAAACAUCCUUUAUGAUGAGAGAGUUUUGCAAAGUUUAUUAACAAUUGAGGACAGUUUUUUACCCCAAUGUUCAUAUUUCCAGCGGGUCCAGAAGGAUAUCCACCCAUAUAUGAGACGAAUGGUUGCAGGUUGGAUGCACGAGGUAUGUGAGGGAGAGAAGAGCAAUGAAGACGUUUUCCCUUUAGCUAUUAAUUAUUUGGACAGAUUUUUAGCCGUGGUUCCCACAAGAAAGAACUUUUUGCAGCUUCUGGGAGCUGUGUGCAUGUUCCUGGCCUCCAAGCUGAAGGACUGCAGGCCCAUAUCAGCAGAGAAACUCUGCAUGUACACAGACUACUCCAUUACACCAAGGGAACUGCUGGAGUGGGAGCUGGUGGUGCUGGGGAAGUUGAAGUGGAACAUGGCCUCCGUCAUCCCCAACGAUUUUAUAGAGCACAUCAUGCGCCGGCUGCCUAUUCCCAAAGACAAGUUAGCGUUGGUCCGAAAGCACACGCAGACUUUUAUCGCCCUUUGUGCUACAGAUGACCGGCUCGCCAUGAACCCGCCCUCUAUGAUCGCCACGGGCAGCAUGGCGGCCGCCAUCUGCGGCCUGCAGAUCCACCACAGCGACCAGCGGCUGAAUCGAGACAACCUGACGGACCUUCUGGCCAAGAUCACCAACACGGAGGUGGACUGUUUGAGGGCCUGCCAGGAGCAGAUCGAGCGCGUCCUGGCCUCCAGCCUGCAGCAGGGCCAGCAGCAGCGGCAGGAGGGCGGCGUCCGGGCCGGCAGCAAGGCCCGGGAGCAGCAGGAUCAGUCCAGCACCCCCACAGAUGUGCGCGACGUCAACUUAUGAACUACUGUCGCCAUCCAACCAAUGAACUGACUGCACCGAGAGAGGGGGCGGAGUCUUCUCGGAGUGGCUCCACACUCGAUGGUGUGACAAUCUAUGAACUUUAGAAACUAAGAAAUUUCUUCUUUUUUUUUUUUCCCCUCCAUUCACACCAGAAUCGGUGUAAUUCCACCCUUUUGUACGGACCACAAUUAAAUCGAACAAGCUAUUUAAAAUAAAAA